AUGGACUAUACCACUCAGCUACCAGUGGAGACACUCUGCGCCAUCUUUGAAAGUGCAAGAGACGCGAAUCCCAGCCCUGGCAUCGACGAGCUCUUGCCCCAUCUCAUCGCCGGUCACUCCAGAUAUACACUCCGCGUUGUCGCCCUGGCAUGGAUUCCAGGAGUCACGCAUGUCUGCUCCCGAUGGCGUACCGCUGCAGUCAGCGAUCCAAGUUUGUGGACACAGAUCCCGGUCAUGCUUGGCCUUCAUUGGUUGCGCACGUUUCUCUCACGCAGCCGGGCGGACACCGUCACGAUUGAUUGGAAAUCGUUGGAGCGUAUGGACCCGGAUGAGAUACAGUACUCUUUCUCCCGACAGCAGGUUGAAGAGGAGGUCAUUUCCCACCACUCGGAAAGGCUACGCAACUUGAUCGCAGUCUUCGACGACCAUAAGGAUCGGCAACUGCUCUGUCGUCCUUGGCCGGUGUUGGAGGAUUUGGAAGUGUCGUACUCUGCCAAGCUCAGCACUCCCCUUGGUUUCUUUAACCGCGAAUUUCCAUCCCUUCGUCGUCUGACGUGGCGACAGUACUCGAGCAGUGACAGCGGCGCCUUCUUGUCACAAGCCUUGAGCCUCGGAUCGCUCACUUAUCUUCGUCUUGUAUUCGCUCGAAAUAUCGAUGGCUGGCCGAUAAACACGCUACUUGAUGUGCUCGGUCAUCUCACGAUGUUGAGGCAUCUGCAGAUAGGUUCGUCUCAUUGGCACAUGAGAACGCCGAGGCCACGUGAAACUCGCGAUUCGCCACGACGAGUGCAAGGGGUGCCCUCUCUGAGGACCCUGCUCCUGCACACAACCUACGACGAAAUGAACCAUUUCUUGUUGCACGUCGAUAUUCCAGUGGAUGUCAAGCUCCAACUGAAGGAGACCAGCUUGAUAGGUACUGGCGAAGACAUGACUUCGGCUCUGCUUUCUAUGAAGCAUGCUUGUACUCAGCUUGUCGAGUGGUACCGAACAUCGCCCGAUGCUCCCCCCUUCAUAGCUGCUGAUGUCGCACUGCUGCGUCGUCCGAACCGCACAUAUAACUCGAAUCGCGCAUUUCAUGCACGACUGUCUCGGUCUGCGAUUGUCCAGGCGCCAUCACCUUCGCGCUGGGAUGAACACAUUGAUGGACGCCAUGCAGACCUUGAUAUCGAGUGUCAAUUCGUCAGCGGACACGGCAUUGCCAUGUUCCUAACGAUACUCCACGUCUUGGCCCCGCAGAGUCUCCGUUCGUUGUCCAUAGAUGUCGACCACAUCGAGUUCGCGGACAUCGUGUCAUCUUUCGACGAUGCGGCGUUUCAAACAGUCGUUGCCCUUCACUUCCCCCGAUUGGAGGGCGCGUGCUGCAUCCAGAGCCUUAACAGGCAGCCGUCUGCGGUUCAUCUAUUCCCAUCCCUGAGACUGCUUGCUUGCCCGGCUGAGGGCUUAUGGGAUGCGCUAUCCUUGGUGCCCAAUACGGUGUAUGGUUCCUCACAGGAUCUCCUAGCAAACUUGUUAGCCAAGCGUCGCACCACCGAUACACCAAUCUGUGCUGCAUAUUUCGGGGUCGCGGACGAGGUUGAAAGAAUCCGCCAUGAAAGAAACCCUUCUUCAACAAGUUGUGGACGGCGCUCUAAAGCCGACUGGGUCGAAAUCAGGCGCGCGAUCGACUUGUUAGAGGCGAUGCCCGAAGUUCGGCUCAUACAGGGAGGCCGGGCGUUGGAGAAUGAGGUUGUGUACAUUGAUAUCGUGCGCGGAAGCUGCACCGAGAACAUAGGCUGA